AUGCCUCCUCCCCCCACCCUCGCCCUCCCGCUCCCCGCCGCCCUCCGCGGCGGCAGGCCGUCCGACGCCCGCCGCCGGGGCCGCCUCCUCACCCUCGCCCUCUUCCUCCUCCUCGCCGCCCUCGCCCUCGCCGCCUACAUCUCCUCCCCCGGCGCCGCGCGACGGCUCGCCGCCGCGGAGCCCGGUCGCGCACGCUGCGGGGGCAUCCAGGGCCUCGAGCUCUGGGGCCCCGCGGUCAACUGGGGCUCCGACCACCGCCAGCCCUCCGCCGCCGCCUGCUGCGCCUCCUGCAAGGCCCACCGCCGCUGCGACUCCUGGGUCUUCUGCGGGGACCGCCGCCGAUGCGGCAACCGCUUCGGAGAGUGCUGGCUGAAGAAGCAGAAUGACGCCAUGGCUCCCGCUGUGAUCGCGAGGGGGGAGGAUGUCAUGUGGACUUCUGGCCUCGUCUUCGGAAAAUCAUCACAGGGAAUCGUGGGGCUGGAAACAAGUGUCGGCACGCUUCGUGUCCAAUUGCUGCCUGAUUGUGCACCCCAUUCUGUGGAUUACUUCAUCGAGCUGUUGGGCCUGCACAACUACGCCGGAUGCAGAUUCUACCGCGCGGAAGGCCGUGGCCACCUGUGGGAUGCAAAAGGAGAGCACGUAAAAAAUGCUGCAUUUGGUCCACCCUACGCGCUGCUACAAGGGACACUGGAAGUCGAUGGCGUAGCCUUCCAGGAGAUGCCGAAAGAAGGGUGCUCGGCUGUGAGAAGAGGGUCCGUGGCGUGGAUUGGGUCAGGGCCAGAGUUCCUGAUCAGCCUAGCAGACCACGACGAGUGGAGAGACGCCUACACGGUGUUCGGGUCCGUGAUGCCGGAGGACAUGGCCGUCGCGGAGGAGAUGGCGAUGCUCCCGACCAGCACAGACGUCUGGAGUGGCGUGACCGUCAGGCUGCUGAAGGACCCGGUGUAUUUGAAGGUGAAGAGGAGAAGCAACACGACUGCCUAUUAAGCUGGCCGGCGAUUUUGUUCUUUUUCUUCUUAUUCUUUCUCAUGAUGUAGCAGUAGUGCCGAAAGAUGAGAACACACAUUACAUGUCCAAAGAAAGAAUGAAAGAAAAUAGAGAAGGUUUGGAAGAAAACUGUUACACCUGUGAUUUAUGUGCCUGUCAGCAAGCCAUUUUAUAGAAGAAAAAUUCCUUUUUUUU